UUUUUAAUGUUUCAAAUUUAUUUUAUAUCUCCACUUCCACAAAUCAAAUGACAGAUGAGAAGAAAAAAGUUGUGAGAAUGGCAGCACCAUGGACAGCUCCUAUCUGUGAAAGCAUCUACUAAACAGGAGAAGAAGAUGUUCCACAAAAUGAGCACAAGCUUUGCUCCUUAUUACGAUGACAGGAUGAUUGUUGGAGAGAGAGAAAAAAGUUAUUCCUUUGACUUUUAUACUCAAACAAAGUUUUCAGCAUCUAUGGGCACACAGCCAGUGACUCUGUAAUAUAUUGCUUGGAAGUAGGGACAAUGAAAUAGGACUCCUGUAGCCAAGUACCAGCCACACACAGCUUGUAUCUAGUGUCAGUGUGUGCUGGUCAGAGCAAGCUAGAUUGUCAUUUCACUUCAUGGUUGGUUGAAUGACUGCAAUAAGCUGCGAACGUGUUAUAUCAUCAGAUCCACAUAUGAUGACAGGAUGAGGCAGUCCGGAGCAGUGAUUACAAAAUCUAAUGUAGUAGAAAAAACCUUAUACGCUCAUGCAGAUUAAAAUGAAAAUGCUUACACUUGGUGGGAUCCUCCUUUAGUGAACGAUGAGUAAGGAGUCUGUUUCCUCCUUUCAAAGAUACAAAAGCAUUCUGCUGACACGGUGUGCUGCAGGUGGGAUAGGGUGUCAGGCACACGAUCCGGUUACUUGUCUUAACAAGGCCAUUUCAGUUGUUCCUUCUAUGUAAGUCUCAAACUGCUCAGAGAUGAGGAAGUCCUCAUCAGGCAAAAACAGCCUCAAAUUCAACAAUCAGAGCUUCUGAAACAGGACAGCAAAAGAGAACAAUUCAGAUUUUUUUCUUUCAUUAGAGUUUUUCUUUCAUAUUUUGUAUACUUUGUGUUUUUAAGCACUCUAUGACUCAUGUGACUUGUUCUGCUUUUGUUUGUCUACGUGGAGCUGACAACCUCCCAACCUGGAUUUUCAGCUCAUUCUUGCUUGGACCAAAUGGACCACCAACAACAUCACGACUGGCCCAGCAGAAAAAAAAGCACUGAUCGCCUCAAUGACCAACUCAUACCAAAACCGACUGAAGUCAAUGUAGCAGAUAAAAUGAGGAGAUCUGUCACUCUAAAGGAGCACCCCUAUUCAUCGCACAUGUCUCGGUUUGCCGUCUUUCCAUCUUUCCUUUCCUCUGAGGACCCAGAUUCACGGUUUAGAUCAACUUCUCAAGCCAUUCUUGAUUCCUGUGUCCCAAACAGAGUUGAGAAUGUGAUUCUGCUCAGCAAGACUAAAGGUAAUCCCUACAGACACGAGAUCAUGGAAGCACCAGUAAAGACCAAAAAGUUGUCGAAAAGAGAAAAUGACUCAUUGGAUUAUACAAAACUCAAAAAAGGGGAAAGUCAAGUUUUCUUCUCCAGUUCCACAAAGCCAGUCUUCCCCAGCCCUAAACAGCAUGACUGGUAUUUGUCAAAGACUACAAAGAACAUGCUUCAAAGCUUGCAGAACAAACUUUGGUGCACAUCCUAUCAAGUGGACUAUACAGGUAAACUGCCAGCAAAUCAUGGGAAACUGGUACAUUUCAAUGAAAAUACAAGCAACAUCAAUGGAAUCAAUCCAUUCUCUACUUCAUUGGUAAAAAGCUCAUUUCCCAUGUCUCCUCCCUCAAACGCAAAACCAAGGAACAUCUCGAACAUCAGUCCCACCAAAUCUGGACCGAGAGACAUUUCUCCAACUCCAAAUCAAAACACCAGUGUAAUGAGCCAGCAUGGCUCACAAGAGAUCACAUCUAUCCAUGAUGAUGUGCCAUUUCCAAACCAAAUAGGUCACAGACAAGUACAGCGCAGAACUUGCUGCACAGAGGAACAGCACUCUGAGCUUUUCCCGGAGAUCCCACACAAACACCGAGCUCAGAACAAAAGCCCUGCCCAUGAGGGCAGGCAUAAAGAAGACCGGUUUGAUGAAAAUCUCAUACAAGAAUCCAAGUCACAGAGAAGCCAAGAGGGUCAUGCUGCUCAGAGCACAGACGCAGAGUGGUGCUGUCAGCCAGUUUCAUCCAAAAACAGAAGCUCUCAUGUUGACUUUUUAUCUGGAUGGUCUUCAGAGGAGGAGAUGACUGAGCGCAGAGAACUGCGACACAGUGUUUCCAGUCCAUGCAGCUUUCCUUCUGUCCUGCAAAGAACUGGCUCAGGGAAUAAACCCAGGCCUUUGGCCGGCGCUAGUUCAACUGUGAGCCUUCUGGAGCUUCAGAAUUCAUUCAGCAAGUCUGAAGCGCAUCGAAAUUUCAACAGCUCUGUCACUCGUACUGUCAUGAACCUCAGAGACAAUGUGACCAGUGGAAAGAAACACAACUUCUAUGGGAUCAACUGUAAUUUAAUACAUGGAUAAUACUCUAAGUCAGGAUUUUCAUUUUUUCUCUAAUGUUCUGAAGCUGAUCGGAGAUGUCAUUGUGUUUGCAUCCCUCUGUGUUGACUGCUGUCACAGCUACUGCUGGACUGAAAUCCAGGUAGUAGAAGCGCUAAGGUUUGAAAUAUCUGGAGCAGGUUUUUUGCAAGAAACUUGUUCUUAACGCUGUCUUUCAACAAAAGUAGCUUCUUGGUGACCUUCAUCAAGAUGGCUCGGUUUGGCUGGACAUUCAUUCUCUGCUUUUGAAAGAUGUGAAAAGCUGUACUUUCUUUCAAUACCAGAACUUUACCUCAAAAUAAUGCUGUCUGACAAAUGCAAGGACAAGAGUCUGAACCUCAUUUCUUGUUUUCUAUGACCAAAUAAAGAUACAGAUGUCUGGACAUCCCAAAAAGUCAAACUUAAUAUAUGCCACAAAUACAAAUAACUGGAUUUAUAGACUCAGUCAAAUAUCAAUGCCCUAAGUUUCUAUAUCUAAGUGUGCUCAUUAAGGCCUGUAGAGGCUGUUCUGCAGCUUUUUUUACUUUACAAUGCAGUGUUUUGUUUGUCUGUAAAAAGUAAAUGAAUUACUUUAAAAAUAAAUAAAUUAAAACACCUCCAAGACUGCACCAAAAUGGGUUUAAAUCUUAUAUAAAGUAUCUGCAAACAUAAAUAUAAAACCUCUUAAGGCCUGAUGACCUGACAUAUUUUCAUCUCUAAAAUCCUAUUUUUUGGGUUUGUAAACAUCUAAACUUAGACAGAAAACUUAGGUGGAUGCCCAGUUUCUUUUAUAGCUUUUACAUUUUGAAGUUUUUAUUUGAAUGAUUGAACAGAGUAUAACAUGGCACAUUGUGUUUCAUUGGUGCACCAGGUUUUAAAGCCUUUUGAAGGAUAUAAAAAGAUCACUAAUUAACUGUGUAUGUAUCAGCAAAGAACCAAAGAGAACCUCUCUUCUCGCAUCUGUAAGAACAAGAAAGAAGCGGCCUACAAUGCUUCCAGACAUUUCAGUACACAAACAUAAGACACACAUAAGAAUACUUGUCGGAUUUGUAAUAGUGUGCAAUUCAUUUUGAUCAAAGCGAUAGAUUUACUGGGGAAUAAAAACCUGCUUU